ACAAGAUGAACGGCGAUGACCGACUGUCAAUGAUUUAUAAAGGCUGACCCACUGAAAAAGUUUUAUUGGGACACAUGAGUUUAAAGGACAGGAAGUAAUAAAGUGUGUCAGUCAGGAAGCUCCACUGCCCAAACAUGAAGGUCCUACACAAAGAUGAGCUGCAGAUUGCUGAAGGAGUUCUGCUAAAACACUUACCGAAGAGUUUGAAGGUCUACGGAUUCCUAUAUGGUAUUAACAGAAACAAACCCAGUACACUGGAAAUAGUCGUUGAUAAGUGGCCUGAUUUUAAGGUAAUCAUUUGCCGACCACAUCCAGAGAACAAGCACGCCUUGGAAUUUAGGAAAAAGGUGGCAUACUACAGCACGGAUGAACAGAUUUUAAGGAAAAUGCUGACAGAGGAGGAUGCAGUUGACUGGAGUUCUUCUUUCCUAGUCGGAGGAUUGGACGUUUCCCAUGCCCCCAUGCUCAAAGAAGUGUCAUCUGAAAGAGAGGUUAAUAACAGAUGCUUUACUUUGGUGAAUCUUCUGUAUUUGCCAGACAGCAGCCAUCUUCUCAUGCCAAAAGUGGACAGUGAGCUUGAAUCAAGGAUUUCAUCUCUGAACCUUUCCCAUGUUGACGUGGUGAAUAAAACCUGGAAGUUUGGAGGGGAUGAGCAAGGUUACAAUACCAUUAAAAACCUCAUCAGCAACUUCCCGUCAUGCUGCAUCAGUGACGACCAGGGUCAGCCCGUGUCCUGGAUUCUGGUGUAUGAUUACUGUGCCAUGGGGAUGUUGUACACUCUGCCAGAGCACAGAGGAAAAGGCUAUGCCAAAGUCCUGGUAGGCACCAUGGCCAAAAGACUCCAUGCUGAGGGCUACCCAGUCUACUGCUUCAUAGAGGAGGAUAAUGUGGUCUCCUACAGACUCUUUAAAAACCUGGGCUUCACUGAGGACCCCUCAUACAGGGCGGCAUGGUUUGAAUUCAACUUUUGAUUUUGUAACUGCCGUGAAAUUUAAGAUGUUUUGAAUGUAUAGCUGACAUAUAAAUGUGGCCUGUGCCUUAAUGGAUAAAAAUAUGGAUGACGUGUAAUGUAACCAAAAU